AAAUAAAAGAGGCCUACGAGUUAUUGAAACCCGAGUUAUCCAUAGAUUACAAAGUCAAUUUUGGAGUUUCUGAAACCGAAAUCAAAGAAUUUUUGGAUGAAGAAGAAGCAUUAAUUAGUGAAAGCCAAAGCGAUAAAAGGGGAGAAUUCAAUAAUUUAAGUUACUAUCUAGAUCAAUGGAAAGAAAUAGAAAGGGACAAUUUGAAGUACGGGAGUUUACAGACACGAGUUCCCGAAAAAAAUUUAGAAGAAAUAAAAAAAAUUUAUCAGGCUG